CAGAAAUGACCGAAAGUUCUGUAUCAAAAUCUACUCCAGAUCCUUCAACAAUAACAAUCGAUAAUGUCAACGAUAUUAUACGAAGUGAUCGAGUUGUAAUUUUUUCAAAAGCAAAAUGUCCCUAUUGUACAAUGGCAAAAGAGGUUUUUGAUAAUUUAAAACAAACGUAUACGGUUAUUGAAUUAGAUGAACGUAAAGAUAUUGAAGAAAUUAAGAAUCUUUUGGGUGAAAUUACUGGAGCAACAACUGUACCACGUGUCUUUAUUAACGGAAUCUUUGUUGGAGGUGGAAGUGAUGUCAAAACAAUGUAUGAAAAUGGUGAAUUACAAAAACGCUUAAACGUGGAAUGA